UGGUCCAAUUCUAACGAAACGAUGGAGAGAUCGAACACGAAAGCUAGGAAGAGGAACCUUCUGGAAUGGACCAAUCUCUUCAUGGUUUUCAGGAUUUUAUACUUGAAAGAUUUUCGCAAACUGUAACCAUCAUUUUCGAAAUUCAGUCCAGAAGGGACAAAUUUCAGAGAGGCAGAGAUUUUCUCCAUUUCAAUUUAGCUUCUCGAUUCUGGAAUGUCUUCACCUGCCGAAUACUAUCACUCUCUUCCACCUAUAAGCAAGGCUUAUGGGACCAUGUGCCUACUUUUCACUGCGGCAUAUCAACUUGGGAUAUUUGAUGUGUUUCAUAUUGCAUUGGUGUAUAAACUUGUAUUCUCACACUUUCAGGUCUGGAGGCUCUUUACAAACUUCUUUUUUCUUGGAAAAUUUUCCAUCAAUUUUGGAAUUCGCCUCUUAAUGAUAGCAAGGUAUGGUGUUCAACUUGAGAAGGGACCAUUUGAGAGGCAUACAGCAGACUUUUUGUGGAUGAUGCUAUUUGGAGCCUUUUGCAUGCUAGUAUUAGCUGCCAUUCCUAUAUUUUGGGCCCCUUUCUUGGGGAUAUCACUUGUUUUCAUGCUUGUCUAUGUAUGGAGUAGAGAAUUCCCAAAUGCCCAGAUCAACAUAUAUGGUCUUGUGACUCUUAAGGCAUUUUAUCUUCCAUGGGCGAUGCUUGGUUUAGAUGUCAUUUUUGGUUCCCCUCUUAUGCCGGAUCUAAUGGGAAUCAUUGCAGGGCAUCUAUAUUACUUUUUGACUGUUUUGCAUCCACUUGCAACGGGAAAGACCUUAUUAAAGACUCCAAGAUUGGUACAUAAACUGGUUGCAAGAUGGAGAAUAGGAGCUCCAGCACCAGGGGCCCCAACAAACAAUCGGGUGGAACCUGAAAGAAAUACUGGUGUGGCUUUCAGAGGGAGAUCGUACCGACUAAGUGAUUGAUUAAUGCUCCUCUAUUACGUAUUUCUGGAUUACAACAUUACCUUUUGCAACAUUCUCAUCAGUUCUUCAGAUGAUGCGGCUAACACAGAGAGCAAAGUGUUUGAUUUAGAGUGUAGGGAUUUAUAAGAAGGUUCUGGCUUUUUCUAUUCAACAGCAUAACGUUUUUCAUUUUUUGUAAACUUGUGUCCCUUAGAUUGUUGAAUGGUUAAACAACUGAAGGGACAGAUAAGCGGUUGAUGGCAAUGAAAGGCCUUUUAUUUUUUACC